CAGCAGCUCCGAGCAGCAGCAGCAGCAGCAGGAUCGAGCGGCACCGGGUAGCCGGACGUGUGGACUCAUUAAGGAAGAAAGGAGCCCCCGGACGCACGGCGGAGAAUCAUCAUCAGCAGCAGCAGCAUCAGCAGCAGCCUCGGCGAGGCCGGAUUGCAGUUUGUGGGGACGAGCGCCAAGGGCAGUGCGGCAGUCAGCAGGCACACCAGGGGGAGGAGGCUGCAGAGGUCUGUGAUACUUCCUCCCCAGUCCCUACUGCACUCUCACCUCCACAUCACCCCCAAUAUUUGCCCAUGCAGGCCGCUUUUACAUUUGAUGAAUGGUGACUGGUUCUCCAGGCAAGGGUGGAACCUGGAUGGGACUGAUGUGCAUGCUGGUCAGGUGUCAAUUGCUCCCUUGUUUAUUGCUCAAUCUGCUGGUCACCUGCAGUAUGGGAUGUAUUCAAAGCAUCGCGUGCAAGCCCCGCAUCAGACGGGAAAAUAUUGUGGUGUAUGAGGUGUCAGCCUCAAUUGACCAGUGUCCCACCAUCAUCGAGGAGAACUCGCCCAUCGUACUUCGCUACAAGACGCCUUACUUCAGGGCCUCGGCGGGAGUUGUCAUGCCACCAGUGCCCCGGAAUGAAACUUGGGUUGUGGGCUGGAUCCAAGCUUGCACCCAGAUGGAGUUCUACAACACGUAUGGGGAUAUUGGCAUGUCCAGCUGGGAGUUACCAGAGCUGCGGGAGGGCCGGGUCAAGGCUAUCAGCGACUCCGAUGGCGUCAGCUAUCCGUGGUAUGGCAACACCACCGAAACGGUCACCCUCACCGGUCCUACCUCCAAACCGUCACGCCUGACGGUCAGCAUGAAUGACAACUUCUACCCGAGUGUGACCUGGGCCGUUCCCAUCAGCAACAGCAACACACCCAUGCUAACCCACAUCACCAGGGAUCAGAGCUUCAUCACCUGGCUGGUAGCCAUGAACUCCAUCACCAAGGAACGAAUUGUACUGCAGACAGUGCGGUGGCGUAUGCGGGUUGACAUCGCCGUCGACCCGGACAUGCCCCUGGGCUCGAGGGCCUCCCUGGUGGGUCGGCCUUAUCAGGAGCAGCCGCACAUCCUCAACUACCAGGAGCCAAUCCCUCCCAACGCCCUGGGGAGGCCGAACGCCAAUGACGCCCAAGUGCUAAUGUGGAGGCCACGGCGAGGAGUCCCACUCGUCGUCAUACCGCCAAAAUGAGGGACUCCCAAACAAAAGCUAUUGUCUAUUCUUGCCAAAACAGAAGAUGAGGGUGAUGAAGCCAA